AUGCCUCAUAUUCAAAAUGAUCCUAACUUAAACAUUUGUCUGGACUAUGCUUCAGAAGACUUUGCUAAUACUCAAGCACAGCUCAUUAAUGAUGACACAACAGAAGAACAAGCAAUUCAAUUACUUAGGAACAUCUGGCAAUCUAAUAACAUGUCAGAUAAGCAUCUAUGGCAACAACAAGAGCAAGAUGACAGGGAAGAACAUGAACACAUUCAGCACAUGGAAGAUGAUGAGCAAGAACAUUUAAACCAAGAACAAGCCAACGAGGAAGAAGAUGCUUGCAAGGAAGAAUGGAAGAAUAAACACAAGUAUAUUCCAAAUCACAACUUGGGUAUUCCUGAUGAUCCAACCAUUACCCCCUGCUCAUACACACUUUACAAGCUGGAGAAGGGAGAGUACCUUGAACUGUGGUAUUUCACCAAUGACAGACUAGAUGAG